AAAAACAAAAUUCACGAUGAAUGAUUUGAUGACAAAAUCUUUCACUAGCUACGUUGAUUUGAAGAAAGCAGCGAUGAAAGACGCUGAAUCCGGUCCAGAUUUGGAAAUGGGUAUGACUCAAAUGGACCAAAACCUCACUGCUUUCUUAGAAGAAGCUGAAAAAGUGAAAGUUGAAAUGAAUUCGAUCAAAGACAUUCUUCGUCGUUUACAAGACACGAACGAAGAAAGCAAGUCCUUAACCAAACCCGAAGCUCUGAAAUCGAUGCGUAAUCUUAUAAAUUCGGAUAUUUUAGCUGUGUUAAAGAAGGCAAGAGCUAUAAGGUCUCAGCUGGAAGAGAUGGACCGGUCUAAUGCAAUAAACCGGAGGCUUUCGGGGUGUAAGGAAGGGACACCGGUGGAUAGGACUCGAUUUGCAGUGACGAAUGGGCUGAGGAAGAAGCUUAAGGAACUUAUGAUGGAUUUUCAGGGACUGAGACAGAGGAUGAUGAGUGAGUAUAAGGAGACUGUUGGGAGAAGGUACUUUACCGUGACCGGUGAGCAGCCGGAUGAAGAGGUUAUUGACAAGAUUAUAUCUAGUGGAAAUGGUCAAGGUGGUGAAGAAUUUCUUUCUAGAGCUAUUCAGGAGCAUGGAAGGGGAAAGGUCUUGGAAACAGUGGUGGAGAUACAGGACCGUCAUGAUGCGGCUAAAGAAAUCGAAAAGAGCUUGCUUGAGCUGCACCAGAUAUUCUUGGACAUGGCAGUGAUGGUUGAGGCACAAGGAGAGAAAAUGGAUGAUAUUGAGCACCAUGUGGUGAAUGCAGCCCAGUAUGUUAAUGAUGGAACCAAGAACCUCAAGACUGCAAAAGAAUAUCAGAAGAGCAGCAGGACAUGGAUGUGCAUUGGCAUUAUAAUUCUCCUGAUUCUGAUCCUGGUAGUCAUCAUCCCAAUUGCUACCAGUUUCACUAAAUCUUGAAGAGGCCCCAUGGGGGAUACAACUGAGCUUGUUUGCUAGCGUUUCCAUUCUUUAUAUUCUUUUGUAGCAGUUACUUUGAUCACUCUCGUGAGAAUUAUGUGUAUGGUUUAGUAGAACAAGGUUGUUAUUCUAUAUUUUAUUCUGUGUGAACCUUAAUAGAUUUGCCGUUUUCGUUAACA